UAUCUGGCAACCCUUACCUGAUGGGUAGAAACCAGAGUGAGCAGAUCGACGAAUCCAGCGUGUUUUACGAUGGUGAGGACUCCAGGCAAAAUACAUGGUGAGUAUAAAGAACUGGACUGGAAUAUAUUUAAAAAAUGGAAAUCGCCCCUCCCCCCCCCCAAACCCCCACAAUAAAAAAAAAUGAGGUGGCUGGAAACGGAUACCCCUUGGCAUAUCUUAACAACAGAAAGAUAAAUGCAAGGUAAUAUUUUUAUGUUUGAACUCUACAUGUCCCAAUGAGUUGUUAUUCUUCUCUCCUGUAUCAGCUGCUGGCGUUUUGUUAUAUUUUAAGCCAAUAUAAUUAUAUUCUAAAUAUAAAAAGAAAUCCGUGGUUUGUUUUAACAGACCAAAUAGUCAGCUACACUAUUCGAUGUCAAAUAGUCAGCUACACUAUUCGAUGUCAAAUAGUCAGUCAGCUACACUUUUCAAUGUCAAAUAGUCAGCUACACUAUUCGAUGUCAAAUAGUCAGUCAGCUACACUAUUCGAUGUCAAAUAGUCAGUCAGCUACACUUUUCAAUGUCAAAUAGUCAGCUACACUAUUCGAUGUCAAAUUGUAAGCUACACUAUUCGAUGUCAAAUAGUCAGCUACACUUUUCAAUGUCAAAUAGUCAGCUACACUAUUCGAUGUCAAAUUGUAAGCUACACUAUUCGAUGUCAAAUAGUCAGCUACACUAUUCGAUGUCAAAUAGUCAGUCAGCUACACUUUUCAAUGUCAAAUAGUCAGCUACACUAUUCGAUGUCAAAUUGUAAGCUACACUAUUCGAUGUCAAAUAGUCAGCUACACUAUUCAAUGUCAAUUAAUCAGCUAAACAAAUCGAUAUCAAAUUUUGAACUCUCUGAGCUCUGUCAAGAGAGCUUUUUGUAAAUUUAUUCACCUCUCAGACCAUUUUCUCAGGUCCUGGAAAGGAAGGCAGACCAACAUAGACGAGGCACAUUCACUGCGGGGAAAUACUUCAGUAUGUGGUCCAAUGCUGUCACAAUCAAUGCAGAUACUCAAUAACAAAGUAAGGCUAUAAAAAAUUGUUUGAAAUACAUACUGACAGCCAUAACCAAACUUAUUUAAAAUAUGUGGACCAGUUUGGGUCAAAUUUAAGCUAAAAAUCUUUACUUCAUGGCUUGAAGAAACGAUCAUCCAAUUCUUUUUUUUUUUUUGGCGAUAACUUCAAAAUUGAUGAAAUUUUUUGUCUCUUUGUAUACAAAGCAAGACCUCAGCACACUAAUUCAAUGCAAAAGUUUAAACAUUUUGUAAUAUUACCUGUUAAACUUUUCCUAUGUAGAAAACAAUUCAAGUGUCUAUUUGGAAAAUCAAUUUUAUUCUUAAAAUGAAUUGCAGUUCAAUAAUGAUUUUAGGACUAAUGCAAAUAAAAUUAAAUUGGAGUUUUUAAACAAUUUAACAUGAAGAUUCACCUUACUUGGAGUUUCUUAAUAUCAAAUAACAGACUUAUAUUGAUUUAUCUAUCCCAUUUUUCCAAAAUACGAUUAAAACGGGCAUACUUUAAAUCUUAGUGUAAAUGAAAGCAUUUUUCUCAUAUUAUAAAUACAUAAUUAUUAUAGGAUACUUGGAAGGUGUUAAAUUUCAUUUUAAUGAUUUCAGAUAUUGGCUGCGCAAACCAACCCGACUAGUGGGCGGAAAUCUAGUGAAAAUGAUGACAAAAGCAAAGAAGAUGAAAAUCUUCAAAACGAUGAAGACAUUCAGCAAUCGGACAUGACAAAACUACGGCUAAGUCGCGCUUUCAGUGACCCUACCACCGCCAACUCUAUCUUUAGACCUUCUCCCCACACCAGUGCAUCAAUGUCUCAACUCACUGUGUUACAGCAGCAGCAACAGCAACACCACCAGCAACAACAACAACAGCAACAGCAGGCCAACAGGCAAAAGUCAGAAGACACGGUAUACAAAUUAUCAGAAGAGCUUGAAAAAACGUAUCUAGACAAUCCCACAGGCUCCACACCUUGGCAUGAAAUGCCUCCAGAUAACUGCAGUCAGGACUAUGAUGCAGACAAUAAUGGCGCCAGUGAUAAAUAUGUUCAAGUACAGAGUUUUGACGGCUCUACAAUGAUACUCAGUGACCAAGAACUGGCAGCUCUGAGGUCCAACAGCUCCAACAGAAUGUAUUCCAAUACCAAAGAACAGCUAGAUCAGACUCAGGCUGGUCAGGCUUCAAGAAACCAAGACCAGCACAGACCGAGAAUGAUUCUCGGCGCAAACAGCUUGAAGCAGCAAUCCAAUGA